AUGCCCGUGCGCAACAUGCGUCAUUGCGCGGCGUUGCUUCUCGCUCUUCUGUGCGCAGUUUCGGCACAAAUUGCAUGGACACCGAUAUUUUUGGAUGGCAGCAGCCAAGUCGACCUCUGGACCCAAUCAUCUUCUGGAUGUGCGUGUCCUGGAGAUGGUGGGGAUGACUGUGCCUGCUGUGUUCGUGAUGGAGCGUGUCCUUGUGGAGAAGUAGCACCUACUCGCACUAAUGAAGAAAUUGACGGUCAGAUCAUACCCCAAGUGGUGGAGUUGCUAUUCAAUACGGACAAACUGUGUGAUAGUAUGCGGAUGUGGAAGUCUUUGACAUUCCGCGCCUCGAUUUUUCGAACUGCCUCAAGGAUACCUAGACAAUCAGCCUGGUACCUAAGGUGUGCAACAUUACCAUUGAUUCCCGGAUUCUCAGAAGCAAAUCCGGGAAGACUUUUGGACAAAUCAAGUCUCCUUCAAUCGAAGGUCCUGGAUACUGCUCUUACCUACUGCAGCCUGAUGCGGGACAACGCGUUGAGAUCCAAAUUUACAGACUACUUUCUGUUGGAAGAUUCAAUGGUUCAAGUUGUGUUGGCGGCUGGCUUCAACUUGGUGGUGCUAGUGCUGUACAGGAUGCUAGUGGUGCAGCGGAAACCAGACUCUGUGGAGCCAAUGAGAGGUACACUCCACCAGUGGUUCUCUUUGCUGAUCAUGGAGCCUCAAUACUGGACUUUAGAUUGCGACUGGUUGUACCAAGAUGUGUCGUGUAGAUCGGCUCCGUGUGUGUUGGCCAGUCCUGGCUAUCCGGGUCUGUAUCCACCACAUCGCCGCUGUCGAUACCUGCUCGCUACUAACUCAGUACAUACGAGGGUCAAGAUAAUAUUUACAUCUAUCAUUCUACCACGAAAUCACUGCUCAUCGGAUUAUCUAACUCUUCGGGCCGGCAGUUCACCUUCCGCACCGCUGUUAGCUUCUAUCUGCUCUGAACGUAGCGCCACGCUAGAACAACCAGGACCAAAUUUGCUGUUAGAAUUUAAUUCCGGUCCCCUAGUUCCACCUUACGAUUACAAUGGUUUCAUCGCAAGAUUGGAGUUCCAAGAGAAGAUAAAACCAAGUGGACCACCGCCAACAGUGCUUGCAGCUUCGGAACCCUUAGCUGCACUUACCCAUCAUACACAUCAUGGGGACAAGUUAGCGAUAGAAAACGAUGUUAUAUCAAACGAGAUAUCAAGUAACGGUCGAGUGGGGUGUGGUGCGACUGUGAGAGGGUACGGUGCGGGUGGAGCGAGAUCCGGACAUUUUGAUACUAGAUCUUCUGCGUGGAGAACUCAGUGUGCGAUACAUUUGCUUGGCACACCCGCAGACGUGGUUCAAGUUUCGCUGUUUAACUAUAAUCUAAGGUUGCAAAGCUGUCGGUCUCAUAUUGAGAUACUGGAAGGGCUUCAUGACUUUGGGAAUCGUGUAGACCGAUCCGAGAGAUACGAGAGAGGGGACAGAGCUCUUUUACGCGUUUGUGGACCCUCUGUGAGAGAGGCUCGCGAUCCCUCUGGAAGAUUCCUUGUCCGCCAAGCUGUCACUUCGAAAGGUGCUAAUUUAACGAUCUUGAUUCGAAGAGCAGCAUCGCAAAGUGCUGAUGAAGAAGAAUUCGUUGACGGAGCAUUUGCAUUUCACGAUGAACAACAUGAAGGCACGGUAUCUCCAGACGCCACAUGUGCCUCAACGCAUUACGGGCUUGCAGCGCCGCCCCAUGGCGGGGUCUCGGCUCCAGCCCACCAUCACGUGUUCUGGAACAUAGAGGAGAGGCUUCUGUGUACGCAUCGGUUUAUACCCGCUGCCAAUCAGAGCGUCACUAUAGAGAUCCAAAGGCUGGAAAGAAUGUGGAGUGCUGAGCCAACCAGCUUGGUAGUUCCUGGUGCGUCAGGAUGCCGGACUGCUUGCGGUGAUGCCGGCUGCGAGUGCCGCUCAGCCACGCCGCUUCACUAUCAUGACCACAUCGCUCUGGUGGCAGGCGAUGGAACACACCUCUCCUGCUUAUGUGGAGACUUUCAAUCUGCCUGGCUGCCUGUAGUUGUUCGUAGUUGGACUAGUCUGAGGUUAGAGUACUCUGUAGCGCACUACACGUACGCGAGUCGAGGGUUCGACUACGCGGCUGCAUACAGCUUUAAUGACGACGCUAUGUGUGGCCAGAGGACCUACACAGUACAUUCUGGUGAAAUAUCUUCAAGAAAUGUUUCUGUCACGGGCAGCUUGAAUGAAUUCUUCUAUCAGCAAUGCACCUGGGUCCUAGAUUCAAACGUCGAGCGACAAGUUUUCAUUGACAUUUCUUCCGAACAGGAUAAAUCAUGCAGUUCGUGGAAUAUAACGAUACAUGAAUGGUCUGGAAGAGGCGUCCACACUGACGGAGGAUUAGCAGCAACGGCUGGAGAUCUACUCUACACGUUCUGCGCAAGAAACAAGAACCAAACAUAUACGCUCCCAUGGCGAUUAAAUACAGUUGUUAUAAGGUUAGUGGCCUUGUCGCGACAGCAACCGCUGUACACAAUUCGAUGGCGGUCGCAAGUAGUGCGAGCAAACACCAGGCUGGGACCUCCAACGCCUGCCCCAGCUGCUUCAGCGAUGGCUGGUCACAUCACCGUAAACAUUAUAAAAGUACUAAUUGUGUUAUUAAUUCUAUGUGAAAACAUUUAAUAGUUUAAUAAUGAGUGAGACAAUCGUAGGUGUAAAUAAGUUUUUGUACCAGGCUUAUGUCGUUACUCAAGAGGUGGAAUAACUGAAGUGUUUGGAAUACUGGUAUGUCAUGUCAAUACUUGUCGAUGAUUUGUAAACAGUAAAACAAGUGAAUUGGUGUUGAACAAUGUCCCGGUGUGUUAUGAGAGUGUUGAAACACAUAAUUAUCGUGUAUCAAAUCGUAAUUUAUCACAUUUUAACAAUGUUUUGAUAAAUAGUGUUUUGUAUUGCUACUUUAAAUAUGCAGAUAAUUAUUUUCUGCUUUUGUAUCGAUGUUAUUGUAAUACCCUUUGGUUUAUUGUAAUACCUGUGAUGUUCUUGAGCGGUAAAGUUAAUUUGGAAAACAAUAAUAUACAAAUAAACAAAAAACAAAUAACAAAUUGUUAAGUGCAGAGAUUUCCCUCAUUCAUAACUAUUAAAUUUACGCUGUUAAUGUAGAACCGUAGAGAGUAGAGUACCACAACCUGAGAGUUGAACCAAAAUACCAAGAUUUGACUAAUAAAAUGGGGCGUCUCCCGAUCACACGCAUCGCAUUUAUUUAUAUCGUUCACUACUCAAGAACCUUGCUGGGGUCUACGCCUAGAAUAUAUUCUGUUCUGAUUUUUAUAUUUUAUUUUAUAUAUUAUUAUCGUUAGGGAUCUAACAACAACAUUUGUUGUUAGAUCCCUAAUCCAACAAGGAUUUGUUGGAUCAUCGAUGCAUAUUCGAUGUUUUAGGUUGAGAUAGUGAUGUUCGAGCGACCUUACGAAAUUUCUAACAAGGAUAUUUCUUAUUUUUCCAUAAAUAGGAAUAGUCAAAUUAUUUCAUUAUUUUACUGGCGUAAUAAUAAUUAUUGUUCUUCGAUAAGUUAUCGUAACUAAAAGAUGUGAGGCGAUGUCUGGAUAAAUAGUGUGGAAUAAUUAUUCGAUUAAACAUUUUUGCUUGCACAGUCAAACUUUACAUUAAAUUUUCAUAUAGUGUAAAUGAAAGUGAAAUAGAAAAUAAAAGACAUUAAAUUAAAUACUUAAAUAUAUAUUAUUUACAUUUAAUUCAAAUGAAACAAAAAUCGUAAACCUCAGUUAUUUACCUCAAAUAUUACCGAUUCACGAAUGUACUAAUUAAUAUGUUCGAUGUAAUUCUUGUAGAUAUAUUAGAAAAAUGUCAAUUAUUAUGAUUGAGGUGUAUUUACAAAUAAUACUUAACUCGAUAGCACACUAACGACUGUUAUAAUUAGAAAAAAAUAUUGUAUACUAUACUCUUGGUCGCUCUCAUCAACAUAAUAUUAUAUCUUUCGUGAAUAUAUACUGGAUUUGCAUUUCGAUACCUUAAUUUUCAAGUAUAUAGUCUAUGGGAUGUCAUAGAUAGAUUGUAAUGGUUAUUGAAACGCCAAAAUAAAGUAAUGGAUUGACAAUUUGAUAAAUGAAAUCGAUAUUUUUUUUGCGCCCAAACAAAGGGAAAGGGCUACCCUCCGGGAUAACGACGGGAGGGAGGUGGUGAAUGCUCAUGCAUACCAACGCAGCCUAAGUCUGUGUUGGUUAUGUGGGACUCACGUGAAAACCUAGGUGCCUACCCACUAAGCACCACCUGCAGUUGGCUUUGGGCAGGUGGCCUCUAAGCCUUCAUCGAAGGCGACCUUCUCUUGGGGAGAGAGAGGCGCAAGCGGCACUCCCUGUGGAGUAUCCGCCGAGAUAAAUGUGAAAUCGACCGUGUAGCGACAUCACUACAGAGUGCCAAGUGUUUGAUUUUUUAGCUAUUCGAUCACGUCGAAAGAGCGCCAUCUAGUGACAGCAGAGGAAAAUAUCAUAGCGCUCGCAUGGAAAGAACAUAGAAAGGCGAUGAGCGGUCAAUACUCAAUAAUAUGAUGGCGCAAAUGGCAACAUAGCUGUGUCAUUAUUUUAUUUCAUUAUCUCUCGUCCAAUAUAGCUCUUUAUCAGAUUGAUCCACAGCGAUUCUUUGUUGUAAUUUUGUAAUACAGUGGGACUAUGAGUAUGAUCUUCACAACCUUGAAGACAAAGAGUUAAAUUGAUCAACCUUUAUCGCACCUGCUAGUCGAAAUGUACAAGAUCCUUCUGUCGCACAUAAAUGCAUCUCAUCUAAUAUAUCUAACAAUCAGGACUAUGUCUCAAUCUGUGAAUCUUACCAGAUGCUGUUAGUCGCCUCGGAUAUAAAUAAUAACAUUUAAAGUAUUUGUUUGUAAAUACACUACUUAUAGUAUAGUAAUGCUCACAGUAAAUCAUUUUGUAAACUAUGAUUGUAUAUUUAAUAGAAUAACUAACUAACUGAAAUGUAAUAUUUUGCGUCAGCUGAUUAUUUCUUUCUCAAAAAAAAAGACAUGGAGUUGUGUUUCUUAAAUGUUUUUUAUCAGUGAAUUUGUUUCAAUUUUCCAAUUAUAACGCUAAUAGUUACCAAAGAUUGGGUAAGUAGCUCUAAUUAUAAUAAUAAUAGUAAUUAUUAUAUGUGUAUAAUGUAUAAACAAAUUAAAUAUUGAAUUGAUUUUUUUACGUGGAAACCUAAUUUGUUUUCUAUAAACAAGAAGACAAGUCCCAUCAAGACUGGUUCAGCUAUUGAGUGGCAAUGAUCCAGUCACCGAGAGCUAGGCUUUUGUUGUUGUAUAUUUAAAAUUUACAACAACAAAAACCUUUAAAAAAUCUUUAAAAUAUUUCAAAUGUUUGCAUACCUUUAUUUAUUUUCAGUGUGUGUUAACUGUUCCAUCUAUUUUACUUUAUAGAACUCGUGAGGUUUUUUAAUAAUUUAAUAACGUUUUUAUUUUUUCAAUUAAGUUAUAAAUAAGUUACACGUCCAACGUAUUUUGUUGCAUCACUUUAGACUGAUUGUAUUUAAAAUAUUUGUAGCAUCAUUACGCUGUAAUAUUUAUUUAAUUUUAAGGAUAAAGGUGUAACGUUAUUCAUUAAGUGUAAUUUUUAACCCAAAUAAAUAAACAUUGCGUUUGAGUUUAUUUCAAACACACACACAUAAAGACAAAAAAUAUAAUAAAUUAGUGAAUACUAACAGAAUUGUGAUGAGCACCGUACAAUCAUUUAUUUGCAUCAAUUAAAAUGCUGUUACUCGAUAUUGCAUCAAUUUUAUUAUGGCCCGCUCAUUCCUUUGCCACAACAAAGAGAUUUGUUGAAAGUGUAAUUCAGGUCGCUUCAGGCUCGUACAUCAAUGCUAUCUAAAUGUUUAUUUUCUAGAGUGCACCGCACUUGGUGUAACGACCUCAACGCGAAUAGAUGACCACAGACGAGACAGUGUAAUCUAUUCAGCCGGGUAUAUUUCACAUUGAAUUUAUAUAUUUAGUACCUUUUACAAUGUACUAUGUGUUUGAUCAGAAUAAAGGAAUAACGCAUAUUAAUAUUAAGUGAUUUGCCUUUUAUUUCAAUUUAUACUUGUUUUCUUGUCUAUUCUAUUCCUUAUAUUGUGAAUAUAUAGAUCAUUUAUACGUCUAGAUAGACUGUUACAAAAAAGUUUGAUUUUGACGGCUUACCUCUAUUUUGAGCUAUUCACGCAAACUAACUCAAAGUGACAUACAAAUAGUGAAUGUAAGACGUAGCUUGGCACGCACACUACACUAAAAAAAUCUGGCUUGUUUUCAUCGGUUGUCUAGAAGCAAGAGGCUAAAUCUAGACAAAUAAAUUAUCUAAGUAUGAGAUAUUACGAGGUCUUCAGAUUUGACAGUUUUGCAAGCGCGAUGAUCGCGGAUUGACUCGCGGAUGCGGGUAGAAGAAAACUUUAUUGAAAUUGGUUCAUUGUGUCGCGUGCAUCGGUGUCGAAUUAUUAUAUCACAGAGAAUUGGUAUAUCUUGAGAGACUUAGUGUUUUUGUUCAGAGUCACAAACGGGCCGUAAAAUUAUUUUAAUGUGUACUUUUCUAAUUUACAGCUCAUACUUUUGACUUAACGAAGCUGAAAGGGAAAGCUAGACAUAUAUAGAAACAUUUACUCGUGUUUUUAUAGCGUUUAAGACAUCGUGCAAUAAGUAUAAACAUAACUUAAAUUAGUGCGCUUAUAAAGUUUAAUAUCAUAAUACGCUUUUUAUUGGCUUCACCUGUUUGUGUGUUUGUUAAUAACCGACUCAUUUGAGAGCGAUUUUGACUCACUUUAAACGGCCAGAUUUCUUUCAAACUUCGUAUAUUUAUCAAGGACAGAUAACAAUACAUUAAUUUGAUAAAAUUAUUCCAUUUUUCAAUUUGCAAAAAAAGAUUUAUUGUUUUUUUUUUUUAUGUAAUUUUCGUCUAUAAGGCAGGAAUUGAUGUUAAUUUUAAAUUGUGUGAUUUUAAGUUUUUUUAACUACUAUUUAUUAUCAGGCAUACCUACUGCCGUGUUGUACUUUAGUAUCAAAAUAAUAGAUAAACCGAUCAAAAUAUGUACACGUCAUUGAGAUGAGUAAUAAAAUAAAAUACGUUUCACAUCUAAUAAACUUUAAUAACGAUGUUUAGUAAAUCUACUUAUAUUUUUACUUUACUGACUAACAUUUAAAAAAAAACAUUAUUGUUAUUAUAUAUUAAAUUGUAUAUUUAAGCUAUUUGUCUGAUUUUCAAGUCUCCACACAAAAUAUUAACACUGGAAUCUAGUAAAUUAUAUGAAAUAUUCACUGCGAUGUUGGAGGUUUGGGUAUUGAAAUGAUUAUAGUCUGACUGAGAUAAUAAGCUCCCUGCUACAAUAUAUACAACUUAUGUAAACGCUUUAUUUCGAGGAUAAAACAUUACAUUAUCUAUAUUACAAUUAAAGGAUCGUUAUAGCACUUUUCUAGCAGAUAUUUACGCACGCAGAGAACUUUCAACCUACCGGCUCCUAGAACC